UCUUAUAUAGUGUUCUACAGAGAAAAAAAAUAGUAUGAUGUAUUUAGUAAUAAACAGACAAAAAACGAUUACACCGUAACUCUUGAAUAGAAACUAUGAAGAAUAUAUGCUCUAGGCAUGUCAAAUAAUGAUAAAUAUCGCUAUUGCUAGUCUAGAAUUUUUACCCGCAAUAAAUGCUCACUUCGCUUACAUACUCUAAGUAAUUAUCUUUAUUUGAAUGCUUCGAUAAUAAAUGAUAGUUUUUUCGUUAACGAUGCUCGGUGAGAGUGACGAGGUUCCAUAAUGCACUGGCUUUUGAGAAUGCAAUCACGUGUUCCUUGCAUUCAAGAUCUGAUGCAAGUUUGCAUUCAUAUGUUGUGUCCUGUAUCCUGUCUCAGUAACCUAGGCAACCAACAAAUAAAAUCGACCAAUUCGAUUAAGUCCUUUGCUUGGAAGCUAUGAAAGAAAUAUCCGAAGAUAGUGAAAGUUACUUCCAUCUGGCCGUAUCCGGUCAAUUGGAAUCAGCCUAUUUUCCAAUGGGACCCGACGGGGGCAGUCUGUUUUGCCGAUACGAUGUUAUAGUGGGACCAGACUGGGAACUUGUGUCCGGGAUGCGAUCGGGAAUCACACAGAGUGCCAAAGCGGACACCACCGACUAUCGGACGGUAGUUUUCAACAUGCCGCUGGAAUUCACACUGAAAUCAACGAACCCGUACGGCUGGCCACAAAUUGUUUUCAGUUUGUACGGUAACAACUUCUGGAACGUGGAAACGAAUCGGGGUUAUGCCAGAGUGCAUUGUCCGUUGAGUGGUACCAGUCGUUCGAUGCGAAUUCCGUUGUUCAUACCAAAGUUCAAUAAUGUUUGGUCAGCUGCCAUGAACUGGCUCACGGGGGUAAAUCCAGAGCUGCGCGACCCGAAGAUUCUGGCCGACGGAUCCAAAUACAACGGUUUUGCAUGCGAAAGUUACGGUGAACUGGUGGUUAGUAUGCAAACGAUUUCUCGCGGAUGUAGCAAGAUGGCUUUCGAUUGGGGACAAUCCUACGACUAA